UAAUAUGAGAUCCUUUCAGAAAAGUUAUGAACGAACGAUGAGUGGACUUAAAAACCCCAUAUCAGAGAAUGGUGAAGACGGGAUGAGUGGCUGCCAUGAAAAUCUUCUUUUACCUCCCUAUUAUGUGUUAGAAAAUAGUCAAUCACAGAAUGGCAAAAAAAAAAAUGAGCUUGCCCCGGGAAACAUUUUUGCAAAUUCUAAAUGUGGGGAACAUUUAAAAAAGAAAUCUCCUUGUUCUAUGAAAAAGACAAAUCAAGAAGAUGAAACAUCAUUGUCUUGUCCUGAAUGUGGGAAAUCUUUUAGUAAAAAACCAGGUCUUGUGAAACAUCAGAAAAUACACACAGAAGAGAAGCCAUUUCCUUGUACUGAAUGUGGGAAAUGUUUUAGCCAAAAAAUACAUCUUGUGGAACAUCAGAGAACUCAUACAGGAGAAAAGCCAUUUUCAUGUUCUGAAUGUGAAAAAUGUUUUACCUAUCAAUCAAAUCUUAUUAUUCAUAUGAAAACUCAUACAGGAGAGAAGCCAUUUUCAUGUUCAGAAUGUGGGAAAUGUUUUAGUAUGAAAUCAAAUCUUAUUCAUCAUCAGAGAACUCACACAGGAGAGAAGCCAUUUUCAUGUCCUGAGUGUGGAAAGUGUUUUACUCAGAAAGGACAUCUUGUAAAACAUCAAAGAACUCACACAGGAGAGAAGCCAUUUGCAUGUCUUGAAUGUGGUAAGUGUUUAAGUAAGAAAUUAGGCCUUGAGCAACAUCAGAGAACUCACACAGGAGAGAAGCCAUAUUCAUGCUCAGAAUGUGGAAAAUGUUUUACUCAUCACUCACAUAUUGUUGAACAUCUAAAAACUCACACAGGAGAGAAGCCAUUUUCUUGUUUAGAAUGUGGAAAAGUUUUUAGUUAUAAAUCACAUCUUAUUAGUCAUCAGAGAACUCACACAGGAGAGAAGCCAUUUUCAUGCCCUGAAUGUGAAAGGUGUUUCAGUCAGAGAAUAUCCCUUGUGGAACAUCUGAAAACUCACACAGGAGAGAAGCCAUUUUCAUGUUCAGAAUGUGGGAAAUGUUUUAGUCAGAAAUCACAUUUUAUUAAUCAUCAGAGAACUCACACAGGGGAGAAGCCAUUUUCAUGCCCUGAAUGUGGGAAUUGUUUUAGUCACAAAAUAACUCUUGUGGGACAUCUGAAAACUCACACAGGGGAGAAGCCAUUUUCAUGUCCUGAAUGUGGGAAAUAUUUUAGUCAUAAAUCAAAUAUUGUUGAUCAUCUGAAAACCCACUCAGGAGAGAAGCAAUUUUCAUGUUCAGAAUGUGGGAAAGGUUUUGUUCAUAAAACAAAUUUUGAUAAUCAUCAGAGAACUCACACAGGGGAGAAGCCAUUUUCAUGUACUGAAUGUGGAAAAUGUUUUAAUCAGAAAUCAAAUCUUAUGGGACAUCUGAAAACUCACACAGGGGAGAAGCCAUUUUCAUGCCUAAAAUGUGGUAAAUGUUUUAAUCAGAAAUCGAUACUUUUUAGACAUCAAAGAACUCACACAGGGGAGAAGCCAUUUUCAUAUUGAGCAUGUGGGCAAUUUUUUUAGGCUGAGAAAAUAAUUUUAUCAACUAAGAACUCACACAUGAAAGAAGCCAGAUUCAUGUAUAUGUACAUCAAAUGUCAGGUCUGGGUAUACGGAGCAGGUGGGGCUUGCAUGUACCGUAUUUUCCGGCAUAUAAGACGACUGGGCGUAUAAGAUGACCCACAACUUUUACAGUUAAAAUAAAGAGUUUGGGAUAUACUCGCCGUAUAAGACUAGCUAUCUACAGCAAUGUACUGUACCUUACCAUUGUUCCCCCACACUAGGUAGGCAGCAUAGUUCCCCCCUACAUUAGGUUGUCAGCAUAGUUCCCCCACAUUAGGUUGUCAGCACAGUUCCCCCACAUUCGGUUGUAGUUUCCCCACAUUAGGUUGGCAGUAUAGUUCCCCCACAUUAGGUUUUAGU